AUGCUGUGCCACCGGACCCAGGCAGACACCGACAUCUGUGGGCACAAAAGAAUGAACUUCAAGCUCUGUGUCCACACCUACUGCCAGAUCCUCGCUACUGGGCUCUACCCAAAUGACAACACCGGACGCUUUCUCGUUGGGGACACCAGGCGCAUCAUCAGAGAAGCAGCCAAGAAGAGCUGUGUCAUCUGUUACAAGAUGGGGGCAAGCAUCACCUGCUGCCACACGGGCUGUGACCGCACCUUCCACCUGCCCUGCGCCCCAGACGGCGAAUGCGUCACCCAGUACUUUGGGGCCUACAGGUCCUUCUGCUGGGAGCACCGCCCACAGCAGGCGCUGCAGCCACGACCAAGCCAGGACAGCACCUGCAGCAUCUGCCUGGACACCAUGGAAGACAGAAUUUCCUACACAACGAUGGGAUGUCCCGUGUGCCAAGACGCCCGCUUCCACCGGCACUGCAUCCAGAGAAUGGCUCUGCACGCUGGCAUUGCCUUCCGAUGCCCACGUUGCCUCAACCAAGAGCCAUUCAUGAUCAAUAUGCUCAUCGUGGGGAUCCGGCUCUCCAAGAGACCCUGGCAACUCUGUCUGUGUGGCUCCUGCGCUGCCAUGGGCACCCACCAGCGCUGCUCAUCUUUGGCAAACAGCACCCACUCCUCCAAGUCCACUGCCUCUGCUGGCCCCGACUCCGGCAGGCACCAAAGCACUCAGUGCCAUGCCACAGCCUCCACUGACAAUCCAGACUUUGCCAGCCCCAGCACUUCCAGACAGGCGCUCUCGGGGCUGGCUGAGGGCACGUCGGCGGCCAACACUCAACCUGCACGGCCAAAACGGCCAUACAGGCCUCCAUGGAUCUUCCACGGAUCCACCAAGGACAACCGCUCCCAGCCUGGGCCAAUUCGGAUGAGACACGUCUGGCGGCAACAACGGCGAGCAAAAACACCCUACAGCCGUCCGAGAAACAACAACAGCAGGGUAAACUGA